AUGUCUUUAUCUACUGAGAGACGACCAUCUACUAGUACCGAUGAUACCGACGAUAUCCCGGGAACUGUACAUCGCACAGAAACAUGCAAUAUUGUCAUUUUUGGAGAAACAGGAGCUGGUAAAAGCUCCUUGGUCAAUUUGAUCACUAGGACGCAAUCGGCGCCGACGUCCUCCGAUGCCAUGGGAUGUACCACUAAAACGACCGUGUACGAGCAUGACAUUGUACUUCAGAACAAGAUCUUGAACAUAAAGCUUUUCGAUACCGCCGGUCUUGAUGAGGGCUCUGAGGGAACAGUUCCCGAUAAGGAGGCUCAAAAAGUUUUAAAGAAGCUCCUUCAAACCCUGAUGGAACAGGAUGGUAUUCAUCUCCUCAUGUAUUGCGUGCAGGGCACGAGAGAGAGCUUAGCGCUCCGCCGGAACUACAUGUCAUUAUAUUCCAAAGUCAAGGAGAAAGUUCCGAUCGUCAUUGUCGUCACACGUUUGGAAAAUCAAGAGCCAGACAUGGAAGAAUGGUGGAGGAAAAACCAACAAUCCAUCUCAAACCUCAAGAUGACCUUCGCUGGCCACGCAUGUGUCACCACCAUAACCAUCGACAAAGGUGACAGCGACGAACUCAGACAGCGUAGCAAACAAUCAUAUCAUACCCUCUGCGAACUUAUCGACCAGUGUCGCUUGCCCGAUCAAAAAGGUUUUCGUGACGUCGUAUGGGCGCACGAUGACCAUGAAAGGGACAACCCACGAAGCGUAAUCGUGUGCGACUCUGCUGUCCCAGCCCCCAUGAAUGUUUGCAACAUCGCGGGUGUCAUUAAUGGCGCAUGGGUCAGAUCCACGGUUGUCAUGCGCGGGCAUUACUACAUGUUCCAGCGCGUAACUGCACCCUAUCCGCCGGCAAAACGGUCCAAAGGAGGCAUUGGUUUCGAACCUUGCUUGCUGAUUUUCUACGUGGACAAGGACGAGUCUGUCAAUACGCAGAGAACGGAGGUGCAGAAGUUUUGCAAGGUCUACGCGAAAUCCAAGGUCAGCUUAGUUGUUGUGGUCUGUGGCUGCGACAGUGAUGAGGACGCGAAAGGAUGGUGGGAGGGGUCAAAUGACACCGGCAAGGACCCAUUGUUAGGGUCAUCCAUUACCUUCACUUACUUGCCUCGGGAUGGGUCGGAGCGUUCUGAGAAUGCUCAAGAGGCACUCCAAAAGUUGAUUUGGGAGCUAUCUCGCCCUGGAGAACCUCGUACUUCAGUAGUCCGAGACCUUCUCAAUCGUGUGUGGGGACAUCUUACAAGAGUAGUCUAG